AUGAUAUUAGAGCUCCAUGUUUGGGGCGACAAGGAAAUCUCAAUCAUAGAGCCCGAGUGUAUUGCAGCGGCAUGGCUACUAAGCAUUCACUUGGUUCCUCAAAAGGUCCAAUUCAAAAUUGUGAAAUCGAACAAUACAAACCUAGCGGAGUCAGAGAGGUUGCCGCUUCUAAUAGCACCAUGGGCAAGCUCUUACCGUAAGGUCGAGGGAUUCACUGAUAUUGCUGACUACAUCUCAACUCAAUAUCCGCUUGAUUCAACGAAGUUUGUGCCAGACGGGAAGCUCACUUCCAAGGACCAACUAGUCAACUCAUGUCUCCAAAGCUACAUCAAGAAAUCAUUGCACAACGUGCACCAGUACAACUUGUACGUGAACACGAAAAACUACGAAAACUAUACCAGAAAGUUGUUUCUGCGCUAUCUUCCAUUCCCCAUGAUGUAUAAUCAACCGUUGAAGUUCCACCGGGACGCUUGCGAGCAGGUCAAGCUCAUUGGGCUUGGAAACAACAAAACCAGCUUUUUCAGUUUCGGCGGUGGCGAUGAAGAUGAUGUUGGCGACACCGAGUUGGUCAAUGACGACGAAGAAGAGUCGACAGAGGUGCCGAUCAGUGCGUUGCACGAGAAAGUGCUUCUCGCUAAAUCCAAAGACAAGUCACUCAUGAGAGAAGCUAGAAACUCUUUCAAAUGCAUUGCUCUUUUCCACAGCUACAUAAAGCAUACUAUCAAGCUUUUCGAGGAAUUGAAUCCGUCGCUGCCUGUGGAAUAUGCCCACCUUUUCAAGGCUAAGAAAGUCUCAUCAUCUGAGCUUCUUCUAUAUGCCUACAUCUAUGCCAUUACGUUCAGCGAAUUACCUGAUCAAAGCAUUGCUGAACACAUGAAAGCAGAGUUCCCAGCGUUUUCAACUUUUGCAACCACAAUCACCACAGCCCUUCAAGGCAAUAUAAAGGCGGAGCACACCAGAGAAGCUAAGGGGAACGAAGUGCCAUCUUUAUGGAACGAAGUUGGGUCGUUCGUGGGUCUCAUUCUGUACAAGGAGCCCAACUAA